AGUUCCAGUGGUUCCUCUUCUUGUCGGACAUGUAGCCGUGGCCAAACCAGCAGAGAUUUGUUUCUGGGCUCCUCCCAAAUGGCCUUUGGCCGCUUAUAUUCAACACAAAUCUUCUUUAUCUUUAUAAUGUAAGACUUGGAUUGACACUCGCUCAACAAGAACUAAACAUUCAACUAGACCUGACAAGAAAAAACAUAUUAUUGGUAGUGCGGGUUGUGAAGAGUUGCUUCACAACCUUAUAGACUGAAAUUUUAUCUACUUGCAUGUUUUGCUUCCUAUUCAAUAGCCAGCAUGUGUCUGUAAAGCUGUAAUCGGAAAAUCUAUUUUUUCGGUUCAUAGAUGUUACUGUACCUGCCUAGAGCAAGAUCGUACUCGAUAAACAGAAAGUAAGAUAUUUUUCAACAUUAGAGUAGAACAAAAUUUAUGCAUCUAUCUAACAAUGGAGCCUGCAACUUCGAACUGGAAGUGCAAUAUUGAUUUCUUGUUUGCUAAUUGAGCAACUUCAUUUACCAUCAACUAUAUAUAUAUAUAAGUACCUGAGCCCGUGAUGUUCGAUACACGUAACAUGAAAAUGUCUCAGCUUUUGAAUCUCUAUCUCUUCCUUUACAAUUCGCUUCAGGCCUGCGGAUGGGCAAUUUCUUUAAUAAGGGUGUUGAGCAGCUUCAUCAGCACCACAUCAGUUACCAGUGCUUAUGCUUCAUCCGGAGAACUGAUUUGUUUGUUACAAACCGUUGCACUCUUGGAAACUAUCCACGGAGCAAUAGGGAUUGUUCCAAAUGGGGCACUGUUUCCGCUGUUGCAAUGGUUUGGAAGGACUCAUUGUGUUGUCGCAGUUGCUCAUGGCGUUAAAGAGGUGCAAGAAAAUGCAUCCAUAUUCAUAAUAUUUGUUGCAUGGUGCGUAACUGAGGUUGUAAGGUACCCAAAUUAUGCUCUAAAUUGCUUCGGUACAUCACCUUAUAUUCUUACCUACCUCAGGUACACUUUAUUCAUUGUGCUGUAUCCUACUGGAUUUCUCAGUGAAUUGUGGCUCAUGUACAAAGCACUCCCAUUUAUAAAGAAGAAAAAGCUCUAUGAAGGAUUGUUUGCUGGUCUCCCAUUUGGCUAUUCAGGAUUCGUUCUGGCUGUGAUUUGUUUGUAUCCGUUGAUUUUCCCCAAAAUGUACCUGCACAUGUUCAAGCAACGACGAUCAAAAUUGGGAAAAUAUCACAUUAAGAAGGCCAGCUGAAGGUUUCAGAGGAGGAUCUUGUAAUAAGUUGGGUCAUACUUGCUGUUUGUUCGUCGAUGAAUAAUACGGGUUCAGUUGUACAAUUGUAUCUUACAAUAUUGCUGAAUAAUCAAUGCCAGUAACGUUAGCUAUUUAACAUGUAAGGAUGUAUAAGGAAUCAAGAACUGCAGUCCUGGAUAUUGCCUUAUUUGAAAAUUAGUACAGAAAUAAAAUAAAUUCCAAUGCAUUUUAAUUUCGAUUUCCUUCCUGAGUAAAAUUAUUUCUGACAUUAGUUAUUUACAAAAUGUGGCAGUGCAGAAAUUAAAGUGAGAGGGAGUGAUGUGUGAGUUUCUGAGCAAUAUCAUCAACAGAAAGAUUUUUGCACUCCAUACUGCAAUGGCAACUGUUAUUUAGUCUCCUCUGAUCAUGUAUGUAGGGAACACAAAAGAUGUUGUAGAUAUUUAUUUCUUUUGGCUUUAUUGUUGGCAAGAUUUAGUCGUGCCCCACUAAAUCUAUCCUUUUUAACUCUACAAAUCUAUCUAGUGAUCGGCUAUUUGGUUGUUGUAUGUCCCAACACACAACCAGCAACA